CAGAUUAAAAGGUUUAAUUUGAAUGGUUCAAUAUGUCUCUGUCUAGAAUAUAUGGUUUUACACUUUGGUUUGUUUUGUUAUAGAAUGCCUAAUGCCAUCUGUUAAUUUCAAAUGGAUCCAGACUUGCAGGAGGCCUUCAGUGAUGUUGAGAACUCCGUAUACAGAACAGCCCUAAAACUACGCUCAGUACAAAGUCUUUGCCAGUUGGAUUUAAUUGACGUUUCUCUGAUUCAGCACAUCCUAUCAAGUGAACAAAGCCAGAGGGAAGAGCAGAUUUCUCUGAGCAUGCAGCAAAUCUCUAGAAUGCUGAGGAAGCUGUUCCAAAGGGCAAGGUCAGAAAAACCAGGCCAGGUAGAUGCAAGAGCUGCUGAAUUCACAUUGGGCCUGCUGAUUGCCAUGUAUGACAGAUCUGGAACAGGGUAUGUCAAAACUAGAUCUGCUGCAGCUGCCCUAAUUUCCCUUUCAGGAGAUACUCUACUGGCUAAAUACAGAGCUUUUUUCCAGUUUUAUGCUGUCCCUGAUGGGAAGGAGAUUACCCGUAGUGCCCUGAGAAGCCUUCUAACAGACUUAAAUCAGAUCCCAGCCAUUGUGGGAGAAGGCUGCACUCUGUCUUGUGUGGAAAUUGCGAUUCAUGACUGUUUCCAUGGGGUUCUGAAUGCAGCUAUUGUUGAAGAAAAAUUCCUGUCUUGGCUGAGAUCAGAGCCUGCAGUUCUCCUGUGGCUCCCUACAUGUUACAGAUUAUCAGCCACGGAAAGGGUUUCUCACCAAGCUAGAUGCAGAGUCUGCAAAGUUUUCCCCAUUACAGGCAUCAGGUAUCGCUGUUUAAAGUGCCUCAAUUUUGACCUUUGCCAAGCCUGCUUUUUCACUGGCCGUCUCUGCAAACCACAUAAGAGAUCACAUCCUGUUGUGGAACACCAUGUGCAGAUGUCAGCAAAGGUGAAUGCAAAGCACUUUCUCCACACCAUCAGGAACAACCUGUGCCAAGAGCGCUGCAGAAGAAAAGAGGCUCAGAGAAGGACAGCUCUGGAGUCAGUGGAGAAGAGGCACUUCCCUGCUCACAAAAAGACUUACCCUCCUGUGGAAUUCAGUGCUUCAUCACUAUCUGGUCCUGAAAAUGUGUCUUUCCCAGUGAACAAUUGUGUCCCAGAGUCACCCAGGUUCAUACCUGAAAGCAGGACUGUAAUGCAGAAGAGUGAGAAUAACAAGAGGAUGCCAGAGCAAGGCAAGACAAUAGCUCAGACAAUAGCCUCUUUUGAAGCAGAUGUGUUAAAAAUGCAGGAAUCCAUUAAAAUCAUUCACAGUGACAGCAGGUACAUGAAGAGGCAGAUCAACAAAUGGGAGGACAAAAUGCAAUUUCUUCAUAACUGCCAGGAAGAAAAAAGCUGCAAAAUAGAGGCAAAACUGCAAAGACUGAGAGUAAGCCAUGAAAACCUGCAAAUGAUGCUGCAGCACAUGAAGGAAGAAGUAAAGACCAUGUUGCAGUCAUCAGAGCAUCCUUUUUCACAGUGUCAUAAUACAAUGCCAAGAAAUCCACAUGUUCUGCUGGAAAGGAGAAUGCAGAGUGAAUUAAAUCCUGCCCAAAUAAGGCCUAUUUCCAGAACAUGUGCAGAAUGGAAAUCUUUGAAUCCCCCAAACUCUGUAAAUAGAAUGCAGCUUUUACAGACACCUGAGAUUCCCACUGCAGUGGACUUCAUGUUCUCAGAUGACCCGCUGGAGUCAGUGUCCCUGCAGAGUGACAAACCCUUUAUGGGACAGCAUAAACAAGCCAAAGAGAAACAAACAUAUCUUCCUAAACUGACAGAAAACUCUCUUGGUGGAAUGGAGAAUAAAGUUCUUAUUCCCACUGCAAUGCAGAUACCACCUGAUGAGAAGGAAGUGAGAGAGGAGUUGGAACUGCUAAUGAUGAAACUGAAGGAUACAUUGUCUCUCCAAACCCAACCAGCCCAACAAAGUGCUUCAGACCAGGAGUUCUUCUCUACAGCUGAGCAUGUUUGCAGGUCCUUUUCUGACCUCAUCAACCAAGUAAUUUCACCAGCUUGUAAAUGAUGGAAACUACCAUUCUCCUUACAACUUCACUGAACUAAUUGAGGUAAUUGAUGCCAUGUCUCUUGAAAGAGACUCUUUAAAAUAUCUCAGAUGUUGCCUGUAAUAACACAGCAUGACAGGUUUCUGCAUUUACUGUCUUCACCUGGAACAUUUUGGAGAGCUAUAUUCCUUUUCUGUUGGUGAUUUCCAGCUCCCGUGCUCUGACUUCCUCAGCAGUGCAAACGAUUGCCCAUUUCUCUCUCUUUAGCUGUUGAUAUCCCAUGGUCGAGUUACUUCCUUGGAAUGGUGCUCUAUUUCUUGUUGAUGCCAGCAACAAGGAAAGCAUUUUUUCCCUGUAAUGUACAGAAGGAUUUUAAAGACCUGAGAAAUUGGAUUUAUUCAGUACCACUUCAGAGAGAAAAAAAAAAUGCAGUCAAUUAUUUACUAUCAUUCUUUGGCAGGAGGUGCAUAAAAAUAGUUAAUAACUAUAUUCGUAUAUGCUCAAAGCCAGUUAUUGCUCAAGAAAAUUUACAUACUUUUAAGGAUUUUAAUUAUGUCACUGAAAUGAUACCAGCUUUCCAAGAAAGAAAAUAGUCGAGUUUUAACAAGAUUUUUUUCUGUGAUAACAAAGAAAAUAAAUUUCAUUCGGGUGAAAACAAAACAUCUUUGGAAGUUCUGGGAGAAAAGUUAGGUAAAUUUUCUGAAGCUUUGUUUCAUAUCUAAUCAAACAGAGUUUAGGCUGAUGUGAUUGAAAAGGCUAAUGAAAAGCAUAGGGCUUAAGAAAAGCUGCUUAGCAGAACUCCACAGAGAUUUUCUCCAUAGAUUUUCCUUGUGUUGUAUUUUUCAGAAUGAGUUAUAAUCAUCAGGAUAAAGGGACUGUCUGACUCAUUAGAGAGACUAGAAAUCUUAUUUUCUGUUGGUAGCACCUCAGCCAUCUUCUUGAAAGACCUUACACUGUGGUAGUGAGAUGAAUGAACUUUCCUCAUUCUUUCUGCUAGUUUUGGUCAAAGGAGAGCUGAAUUACAUGUACUGCAAACACUUGAGAAUUUACAGCAAAAAAGAAUGGUAUGCUACUGGAAGGUAACAAGCGGUUUGUCCGUAGCAAAGGAAGUGUAAAGAGGGUGAAAAAUUAAAAAAAUAGAUAUUCCUGAACUACCAUAAAUUGUUUUCUCAUGUCAUUAUGUAAAGACUUAAAGAAUUGUUUUCCAUGCUAAGGAGCAGUUGUUUAGCUCACAGAUCCCUGUAAGAUGAAGGGGACAAAAUCACAAGGUCUUUAUUUUGUUGUUAUUCAGUUCAGCUGACAGUGAAGGAAUUUCAGUAAGACAUGUCCAUCCCAUCCUUCUUCUGACACACUCUCACUGAGAAACAGUGAGCCAGGAACAGCAUCUGUAAAAACAAUCCUAGCUCAUGCAAAGAACUGCCAUGAAUUUGAUAAGGAAAAGUGGUAGGAGGCAAUAUCCUGUCUUUAAACACAGUGACAUUUUUUAAUGUUCCUGUAUAGCAGAUCUACUUCCAUCUCAAACUGAGAGCCCUUGGUUUUUUUUAAUAUAGAGACUCUUUUAUCA